AUGCCUUCCGCCAUCGCCAGCCGUUCCAUCUCUGUAUUCAACCGCCAAGAUUCCUCCUUCCUCGAUGCUUCUGCGGCGAUGCGAUUUUCCGACCAAAAGAUGUCUAUGGAAAAGCCUCCAAGAAAACCUACUACUGAUUACUAUCUUAAUCAGGACCGCCAGAAGAGUUAUGUUGAUCGGAGACGCAGACCACUGGAGUUCUCUGUUGGCGACCAUGUAUUUCUGCGAGUUUCACCCACGAAAGGGGUGAAGAGGUUUGGCCUCAGAGGUAAGCUAGCUCCGCGGUACAUUGGCCCUUUCGAGAUCUUGGAGAGGAUCGGAGCGGUAGCUUACCGACUGGCACUACCACCGUCUCUGUCAGGCGUUCACGAUGUAUUCCACGUAUCGAUGCUAAGGAGAUACGUGCCCGAUCCGACGCAUGUGCUGGCAGAUAUUCCAGUUCCAGUUCAGCGUGACAUUUCAUAUGAGGAGGUUCCGGUACGGAUUCUCGACCGGAAAGAACGUCAGUUGCGGAACAAGACUAUCCGACUGGUUAAAGUCGGAUGGCAGCAUCAUUCGGAUGAGGAGGCUACUUGGGAGCUCGAGGAUACUAUCCGAGCUCGAUAUCCCCAU